AUGGGAGACGCCUGUGGCGCCCUCAAGGGGGCGGGGCGGCAGCUGAGGCGCUGGGUCCUGGGACGGUGCGCCGGCGCGGUCCUGCUUCCCGUCUCGACGUGGGCUGGAGAGCGCGGGGUCGGCGCCUACCCGCCCAACCGACGGACGAUGCGGUCUCCGACGGUCAGACGCUUCCUCGAGUGCCUUAUGGGCCUCUACUUCCUCACCCACAUCCCCAUCACCCUGUUCCUGGACCUGCAGAUGGUGCUGCCGGAGGAACUGUACGCGGUCGAGUUCAGAAAUCUGCUGCAGUGGUAUGCUGGGGAGUUCAGGGACCCUCUGGUACAGGAUCCCCCGGAGUGGUUUCAGUCCUUCGUGUUCUGCGAGCUUGUGUUUCAGCUGCCGUUCUUUCCCAUUGCAGCGUACGCCUUCUUCAAAGGAAGCUGCAGGUGGAUCCGCACGCCUGCAAUCAUCUACUCGGUUCACACCAUGACAACUGUGAUCCCCAUUCUCUCCACGCUCCUGUUUGAGGACUUCAGCGUCGGGGGUGGCUUCCGAGCACAGGGACCCGAGACUCUCCCUGAAAGACUGAUCCUCGUCUCUGUCUACGCCCCCUACUUGCUCAUCCCUCUCAUACUGCUGCUUUUCAUGUUGCGGAACCCCUACUACAGGUCUGAGGAGAAGAGAAAGAAGCGAUGAGGGAGACCGUCACUGGCCCAGGGCGGGGCAGUGCCUUGCAGACUCAAUACAGGAGAAACAGCACCCACGUCUUCAGCGUGUGAAACCUACCAGACGACAAGGCACAAGCCCAAGAUGGUGACGGCGCCGUCAAACCUCACCUUCCAAAGGCGCUGGGAGGGGCAGAUGGGUGUGGGCUGGGUUAUAGGGCAGUGGUGCUGAGAACCUCACCGUGUGCCUAGGUCCCACACACGGGAGACAUCUGAGACAUGGCUGCUGGGCGCGCCCCUGAGUCACGUGACCACAGCAGAUCUGCUUGGCUGGCAUGGUUCUCUAGUCUGUCGCCACUGCAGAAUGAAGGCUGGGAGGUUUCGGGCAAUUUUCAAAUUUGAAAUCUGGUAACCACCUCUAAUAGUCAUUGGAAGCUCUGUGUGGGUUCUUGCCUCUUCCCCUGGGGGUAGCACAAGAAAGUGUGCUAGAAGUUUAAGCUCCGUUUCCUGCAGGCUAGCCCUGGUGUCUUCUGGUCAGAAACGGGUUACACAGCAGGUGCUGCUGCUCACCUGCCGCAUCCUGGGGGGAGUUUUCCAAAGGCACCUUCUUAGCCUUCUUGUUUCCAGAGACAACCUGAGCUGGCUCCCUUGAUUCUCAAGUCUGAUCCAAAGCAUCUGGCUAGCGGACGGCAUCAGCCCAGCCUGCUCUAGGUACGGCACACUUUCCUGUGCGCUGCUCAGUGUCCUGUUCACUGUUCUCAAAGCCAGCCCUAAAAACUGGUGGUGGACACCAGGCCCCACCGCCCCUCUUUCCUGCCCAGUUGGUCCGCGAAUCCCACUGGUGAUGGAACUCAUCUGAUGGCGUGUGUGUCUGCUCCAAAUAAAGGUGGUUGCUGCCCA